CCACGUCAUUUUAGCUUGAAUGAGAAGAUUGUUAAGUGUUAGUUUACGCGGCGCAUAAUUUAGGCUUUUCCAAAACAUAAAUCAUGAAUAUUUUCCGUUUACUUGCGGACUUGUCCCAUCUGUUAGCUAUAAUCAUAUUAUUACUAAAAAUAUGGAAAACAAGAUCAUGUGCAGGUAUAUCGGGCAAAUCGCAAAUACUAUUUUCCAUAGUUUACACUGCCCGAUACUUGGAUUUACUUACGACAUACGUGUCGGCAUACAAUACUGUAAUGAAAAUAGUUUUCAUCGCGGCAUCAUACGCCACAGUUUAUCUCAUGUAUGUUAAAUUCAAAGCCACGUACGAUCACAACCACGAUACAUUCAGGAUUGAAUUCUUGCUGAUUCCCUCUUUGAUUCUCGCUUUACUGAUUAACCGCGAGUUUACUGUGAUGGAGGUUUUGUGGACAUUUUCGAUUUAUUUGGAGGCUGUUGCAAUUUUGCCGCAAUUGUUUUUGGUAUCAAAAACUGGUGAGGCUGAGAGUAUUACCUCUCACUACUUGUUCGCUCUAGGUUCCUACAGGGGUCUUUAUCUUUUGAACUGGAUAUAUCGUUACAUCUUCGAAGACCAUUAUGAGCUGAUCGCUAUAGUAGCUGGUGUCAUUCAAACAGUUUUGUACUGUGAUUUCUUCUAUCUCUACAUAACUAAAGUUCUCAAAGGGAAGAAGCUUCAGUUGCCAGCUUAAAUAAUUUGGGUGCAAUACUGACAUAAGUGUCUACAUUUUUAUAUAAGUCAACAAUAUUACCUAAGAUCUAGACAUUAAAGUGCCGUAUUUGGCGGUGUGAAUUAAUUUCUUAACUAUCAUUCUAAUAAAUUAAUCUGUACUUCUUAAUCUUUUGAUUUAUUAGGAGACGUCAAUAAUUGACAUAUGGCUUUUGAAUUUGUAUGAAGGCAUUAAUGUUCAAGGUAAGUUUUAUACUGAAACCAAUUUAGUAUUACUUCAUCGAGUAUAUUUAAUGUAGCCACCGUUUUGUAACUACUAUACUUCACCAUAGCGACUGUGUGACACAAUAAAAUUACAUUUAGAAAUAUGUCUAUAUAGCAAUUUUUUUUUAUGGCAGUAACUUAUACAUUUGUAUGGAUGUAUAGACAGCAUGCAUUGUGUAUUUGUAGAUAAUGUACUACAAUAAUUCCCUGAUGGUAAUUUAGAAUAUUUAUGGUAAUAUUAAUUUUUAAAAACGGUAAAAAAAAUAAAACAAAAUGCAAUUGGUUAACUUGUAAAUGUCAAACGAAUAAAAUUAUUCAUAAUAGGAAUGGAUGUAAUUUAGAUCAAACAUUAUCGAAUAGCCUUUAAGAAUUUAAUGUUAUUUGCAUUAAGAAUUAAAUUUUCAAGUGAACAUGUGUUUUUAUCAGCAAGUAUCACUGGAGUGACAUUCGGUGACGUAAUCUACCGUUACGCACAUUAUACCUAGUGUAGUUUUCUUGGACAUUAAUAAAGUUGGUCAAAGAUA